GACAUUGUUGUCUCCAUCGCUCGGUAUUACUACCUUCGGAGUCUCAGACAAGGGUACCCAGGGUAAGGUCAAAUUCAUAUUCACGGACACUCGACCGUGUCCGAGCUGACACCCAUUUCACAAGAACACAAGAGAUGGUAGACGCUGUCGUAGUCUUUACGAUCAACGAUGGUUUUUUGACAUGCGCCAUUGUGUUUGCUGCGAUUACCUGCGUACUGAGACUCCCCGGGACGUUUGUUUGGAUCGGAAUACAUUUCAACAUCGCCAAACUAUACUCUAACUCGAUCCUCGCGACCCUCAACUUGCGCAAUUGGUACCGCCAUCGCCACCGGCCACUGGGCAUCCCGCUCAAUGGACGGCACAACCAGCCGCUCCGCGCUGUCCCUCGCUCGAUCAUAUCGCAAGACAAGCCCUCGAUUACUGGCUCCGAUAACUUGACCAGACCCAAUAUGGAGGUCUUCAUUGACCAUCAAGUCGAAUAUAACGUCGCUGUGAGAUGCGCCGCAGACGAUUGUGUUGACAUCAAGAACGAGUUGCGGUCAUCCAUCAGGUCGGCGUCGAUGGACGAAACCCAUCUAGUUGUCUGA